UUCAGGUGGAAUGCACAUUUGUUGUUCGUGAUAUGGAAAUUGUAGAUGCACGACAUACAGUAAUCACAAACGCUGAAGUAUUCCGAUUGCUACAGGGUAGGCGCAAGCAACAAAAUGAACUUCCAAAAGAUCAACGAUCGAAGGUUCUUGGAACAAUUAUAUAUGAAACAAAUAAAUAUUUGCAAGGAACACCAGCUGUUAUGCAAAAAAAUGCAGACAUUGAAAAAUUCAUUCGAGCAGUAGUUCCAUUCAAGUUGACAGCGGUAGAGAUCUUACAACUCAUAAAUUUGCGUCCCAGAACUGCUGUUGAGAUUCAACUAAUAGUGGAAGAAUGUGAAGAGCGAUUAGAUGAAGAACAAAUCGAAUCUCUAGUCACUAUAAUUCAGGAAAACUUGCCGGAAGCAUUAUCUGAUAAUUCUAAUGUGAACACAACCAAUGAGAAGGAAAAUUGAUGAAGAAAUCGUGAAAUUUAAAAUUAAAUGGAUAUGGUUGAAAUGAAAAACCAAAAGAAAAAUUUGUUAAAUUAAUUCGCAUAAUGGCUCUGAACGAGAAGAGUCGGAGGGGAGAGCAUGGAAUUAAUAGAGGG